AUGCCGCCCGCCCGUCGACAGAAGAAGAAGCCCCGGCGAGAGGUGGCUGCAUUGCCAGCUCCGGCCCGAGAGGAGACCCCUUCACCAACAAGAGCUCUCCGAGCCAGGUGGCGAGAGGCCGAGCUUGCCGCUGCCAUCGACGAUACGACGCGCCGGGAGCCAGCUGAAUUUGGAGAUAUCAUGGGCCUGCAGACGUACACGGAGGGCGUAGUCGAACAGCUUCAGAGCGAUAUUGCCGGCAUGCGUACCAGCUUUGAAGCUAGACUUGCAGCCAGCGAAAGGCAGAUGGAACGGGUCGAGGGUCUGCUCUCACAGCUCUUGGCAGAGAAGAGGAGGGCUGAGCGUCCUGCACGAGAUCGCCCAGACGUAAUCGCACCGAAUUACCCAGAGGAAGAGCAAUGGCUCCUAAUGGACAAAUUCGAGAACCUCCAAUUCAACGGCAAUUAUUUCGAUUACAUAGACCACUUUUAUGAUCUCAAACGUGAAGCAGAUCCCGACAUCUUUACCUUUGUCCUGUUGCGGAGGUACUGGCUCAAGCCUUUUUCUCUUGCGGAUCAACGGGAGAUCCUCAGAGGUCAACCAAAGACGGUGUCCGACCUUUGCUACCGGACCAGCGAACUCUAG